AGAACCUUUCCCUAAUAUCAGCUUAAAUCUCCAUGACGCCGCUCCAGCUGUUCCCUGUCUCGCCGGGUUUUCCCAGCACCGCUUCCCCUCACGGCCGCUCCCCUCAGGGCCGUUCCCGCCAUCAUCUCCCCUCAGGGCGGUUCCCGCCUUGCCCCAGCCCCUCAGGGCUGUUCCUGCCUCCUUGCAGCCCCUCAGGGCCGUUCCCCUCAGGGCUGUUCCUGCCUCCUUGCAGCCCUUCAGGGCCGUUCCCCUCAGGGCGGUUCCUGCCUCCUUGCAGCCCCUCAGGGCGGUUCCCGUCUUCCCCCAGCCCCUCAGGGCCGUUCCCCUCAGGGCGGCUCCCGCCGCGAUGUUCCGCGGACAGCGUGCUUGGUUCUCGCAGAGCGUCAGCCCGGGCCCGCGGGGGCUGUGGGGUGAGGGGGCAGACAACAGCGAAGUCCAGGGGAGCCCCGGGGCACGGAGCUGGCAGGAAUCCGCCGGGGGUUUGGCAGGGGCAGAGCCCUGUCACCGCUCAGGGGGAGUUAGGAGGGGAGCAGAGCCCCAUCGGUGCUCAGCAGGGCACAGCAGCGGGGACACGGCCCUGCCACCCCUUCGUGGGACUGAGACCCACACAACAGGGCAGAGCACGAGUUGGGCCAGCCCGCGGUGCCCCCACACUGGAGAAAAGCCCUGAACAGCCCUCGGGGGAGCAAUGGGAGUCCCACAGCCACGGGGAGCUGUCACAUUCCGCUUCAGAGCCCAUCUCUGCGGCCCCACAAGCAGCUGUGCCCACCCAGGUCAGCCCCAGGUGGGACCCCCGGGUGCCCGCCCUGACCUCGCUCCCUGUGCCCCGCAGCAGACGGCGGAGGGACGCUCGCCCACUGGCUGGAUGCCGAGUACCUCUUCAGCAGCGAUGCUGCCCACCCCGACACCCGCAGCCCAACGAAAAUCCAACAGAGGAACCAGAAGCAGCAAGAGAUGACUGUGAGGAAGAAUCAGAGGAGGAAGUGCUAGACCUGGCUGAGAGCAGUGAAGAAACAGACUCUGAAGCACCUGCCCAGGGAGAAUUUCCAUACCGUGCCCUCCAGGAAUACCCAAUAAAUAACAUGGUGACAGGCUAUGCCUCUGCACGGGACAUGAAGAAAUAUGAGGGGGAACUCCACGAUUUUAUCCCUGGCACCUCGGGCUAUGCAGCGUACUGGGUUCAAAGCAAGUGCAGCAUUUACUGUGAGAAGACCAAAAUGAAGAGGAAAUGGUGAGGAACAGGUGGUUGCAGCAGCAAAAACUUCACUGUAAGAGCUGCCAGAUGAUUUAUAAAUUAUCCAAGUGCAGCUCAGAGCGUUCAAUGUGUUAUUUAAGUACUGGCUACAGUUACAGCAGUAUUUGCUUCUUUAAGUAACUACUAAAGCUAAAUUUCACAACAAACAUAAAUACAGACAUUUUUCCCCAAAACAGAAAUAUUUUCUUUUUAUUUUGGGGGAGGGGGUGGUUUAAGCUGUGUUUUAACUAAUUUAAGCAAGUUUUUCUUGGAGUGACAAUCCAAGAUCUCCUCACUUUCAUUUAAUCAAGGAAUUUUAAGACUUUUCCCUUUCGUUUAAGCACUUGGAAGUGACCAAUAGGGUAGAAAAAAACCCCUUUUAUUAUGGUACAGCCUGAUCCCCAGACUGUCCACUGGGAGGAAGCACAGGAAAACCUAGGACAGGUUCCACAAGCUCCAAGGAGCCACCAUGGCUGUUCUCCCACUGCCCCAAAGGCAGGAGCCUCUAAAACAACAGCUUU